AUUUGUAAUUUUUUCCAUCAAUUUUAAUGUUUCCACCUUAUAUAAUCUUAUCUACUAGAGACUUGAAAAACGUGCAUCUAAUAACGCAAAUAAUAAUAUACCCAGUAAACACAAGCUAACAGUAACAUAACGUUAAUGUUAUAAUUUCCCACUCAACAAUGUAACUGCAAUAUAACGCCUUGUGCGUAAUAAUUAUAUUGUUGAGUGGGAAAUUAUAACAUUAAUGUUACAUUACUGUUACUUUGUGUUUACUGGGUACUUCAUAUUCAACAUUAUUUUUAACGGAAUGAAAUUUCGAGCGUAGGAUGAUAAGCAUAACAUCAAUCUUGAGCGCGUUUCGCAAGUAGUUUAAAUGUCGUAACCGCAUAAAUGAACCUGAUUAAUGAUAAUAUAAUGCGCGAUAUCGGCCGAAGCCGAUGUCGAGCGAGGCCUUAACGGAAAUACGACGAUAAAUCGUGAUUCUUGUAAGUUAUAGCAAAAACUAGCAUGAGUUCUAAGAAGCACUUUUAUUACAUUCCCUAACGAAUUCACAACAACAUUCUUUAUAUUCACGCGAGUAAAUAUUUCAAUGCGAUGAUUGAUCGAUCGCGCGGCUUCCAAGGCGCGAACGAGGAACGGACAGAGAUAGAGCAAACGGAAUAGAUUAAAAUUGAUUUCAGUGUUUAAGUACUUUGUCAAAACAUUUUAGAUUAGCCUAACACUUAAGAUAACUAAAGCUAAGAAUAGCAAUCAAUAAAGCGGUGAGAAGGGAGGGGAAAGAGAAUUAACAGCUAACGGUGAGACGGACAGAUGAAGAUAGCGAACGAGGGAACGGCAGGGAGGGAGAAGAAAUAUAUAUUCGACGCACCACGUCGUUCCCGUUUCUGUCGCGCAAACGAAAGGCGCGAAGAUUACGGCGGGCUGUGUGUGUGCCUGAUGCGGGGCUACGCGCGCUAUAUGCUUCCUGAUGCGGCGAACGAGACCGAGUAACGUCGUGGUGUUCCCGUAAUAUAAUAAAUAACUCGGUCGCGGAAUCCGAUAGCGUGGCCAGUGUUGUAAAGUGCCUUUUCUGUCAUUAAUGUUUUUGCACGUAAAAUGUUUCAGAAAGACGGAGUGAGAUUAAGACAGCACACGGCGAAAAGAACGUCAGCUGGGUUACCUUUCGAGAACAAGGCUGUUUCGAAGAAGCAGGAUGUACUGCCACACGAUACCCAGCAUCUCCUCUUCGUUCUUACGUUUUUCCUCUUCGUGUCCUUCGUUAUAAUCGUACUGGAAAGGAAUCUGCCUGAGCCAGUGACCAUCAAUACGGAGGGGCUGUAUCCAGGAAAAUUCGUAGCCGAGCGAGCCCGCAAUCAUGUUGUGAAUCUCACGUCAAUCGGGCCGCGUAUCGCUGGCAGCUAUGAAAAUGAAGUAUUAGCUAGUAAAUUUCUAACGACAACGAUCAACAAUGUGAUCAAAACGGCACACGAAAAUCAUAAAAUUCUGCUUAAUAUUACAAGACACAGUGGUGCAUUUCCACUCAAGUUUCUGGAUGGCAUGACAAAUGUUUACAGAAAUGUACAAAAUGUCAUUGUAAAAGUCGGACCUCACAGGCCUACAAUGCACAGCUUAUUGCUUAAUUGCCAUUUUGAUUCAUUUUUAGAAAGUCCAGGUGGUUCAGACGAUGGUGCUGGCUGUGCUGUAAUGCUAGAAAUUCUACGGAUAAUUACACAAAGUCCAAAAAUAUUGAAGCAUAGCAUUAUAUUUUUGUUUAAUGGCGCAGAGGAAAAUAUAUUGCAGGCAUCUCAUGGAUUCAUAACGCAGCAUCCCUGGGCAAAGGAAGUUGGAACAUUUAUAAAUCUAGAGGCAUGCGGCGCCGGUGGUCGAGAAUUGUUAUUUCAAGCCGGGCCUCAUAAUCCUUGGAUUCUCGAGGUUUAUGCCAAAUCGGUGCCAUAUCCCUACGCAUCGUCCUUAGCUCAAGAAAUAUUCGAGAGUGGUAUUGUGCCUGGUGACACGGACUUUCGGAUAUUCAGGGAUUUUGGAAAAGUCUCAGGUCUUGACUUUGCGUGGUCGAAAAAUGGUUACGUGUACCACACCAAGUUCGAUAAUGUCGACCAGAUACCACUGGGAGCCUUGCAGAGAACCGGUGAUAAUAUCCUCGCUUUGACACAAGGGAUAGUAUUCGAAGAUUAUCUAUCGGACGCGAGUAUGCAGGAAACUCGGGGAAGUCUCGUGUUCUUCGAUUUUUUAGGCGCGAUUGUUAUUAGAUGGCCACAGUAUAUCGCCAGCACGGUCAAUAUCGCCAGUAUAAUUACAUCUGGGUACUCUAUCUAUUUGAAUAUGCAGAGUGCGCGUAGAAAUGUUAAGAAGUCAACGUACAUGACAAAUGUGAUAAUGUGCAUUGGAGUGAUCGUUAUUUCGUGGGUGGCAUCUAUAGUAUCUUGCACAAUGAUCGCUCUGAUCCUGACAAAACUGGGAAAAGUAAUGAGUUGGUACGCCAGACCAGCAUGGUUGUUUUUCUUGUACGUCUGUCCGACUACCUUUAUGUCGAUGAUAGUGUUUUUGCAGAUCGGAUCGAGGCAGAAAAAAGAAAUUACUUCUGCAUGGGUCUUGUAUCAAAUCUACUGUGAUGCGUAUGCUGUAAUAUGGAUGCUGAUUCUCUCUGUAUGCGUUUUAUUUGAGAUACGAUCGGGCUUCAUACCGCUACACUGGGUUUUAUUCCCGGCAGUCGGGAAUAUUAUGCGACACAAUUUCUUUAGCAAAUGGAGAGAUUGGAAAUGGCUUUGUUAUCACUUGGGAUCAUUGAGUUUGUCUUACAUACAGUCGUUUUACUUAGCACUUGGCGCUCUCUAUCUCUUUAUCCCAAUCAUGGGACGAUCCGGUGGCAGCAUUAAUUCUGAAGUUGUAAUGGCUAUCAUGCUAUCAAUACUGUUCUGCGAAUUACUUAGCUUCACGUUGCCAAUAGUGCUUCUAAUAAAGAAUGCGGAACGAAUUAUAAGCGUGUUUAUUGGGAUUUUCUUAAUUGCUAUCGCUGUGUUAAUUUUAACACCACUCGGAUUUCCUUACAGCGGCGAUCCAUCAUCGCCCGCACCACAACGAUUUAUGAUCGCGCACAGCCAACGUCAGUAUUACAAUGCGGAUAAUAGUGUUAGAUAUUCCGGUACAGGAUAUUGGUUAGUGGAUUUAGAUAUGAAUAGUCCUCACAGUGUAGAAUCGAUAGUGUCUGAAGUAGCCGCGACGAUGCCGACGGUCAAGGAUUGCGAGAGAGAAUUGUACUGUGGCUUCCCGUAUUUGAUGCCCGUCACAACUUUCUUGUGGAAAACGAGUUGGAUACCUGGACCUGCUCCGCUUAUAACUAUUCCCACAAAUCUUGAGCUCAUUUCAAAGGCUGCAAAACAAAACGUCGUUAGCUUCACUUUCAACGUCACAGGGCCUGACCACGUAGGUAUAAUUCUGUCCCCGUACAAAGGUGUUCAUUUAGAAAAGUGGUCUAUACUCGACGAGAAACCGUUACAAGGUCCAAAGUGGAAUGACAGAGAAACUUACUUUAUUUAUUAUGCAUGUGCCUCGGAUUGUGUGCCAUAUACAUUUUCUAUCGAAUUGAACGUAUCAGCGGUGCAGAAAGGACCGUGUGUGUCCAUCGCAUUAGCUGGACACUUUUUACACGGCGAGCACCAAAGAUCUCUGAGAUUUAAGAAAUUCCUGGCACAGUUCCCACCGUGGUCUGUCAUCGCACCUUGGACAGCGACGUAUACGUCGUGGGAGUUUUAACGACAACGCGAUAAACGAGUCUAAACCAUAAAGCAAUAUUCGACGACAGAUGGUCUUUCAAAAAUCGAGCGGCUUAAUAAAACGGUACUAUUUUUCAGCGUAUGAUCUAAUGCUGUGGCACGUAAUAUCGCUUGAAUAUUUAGCUUUUAAUAUUUCGUAGAACAUUUUGUCUGAAAAAAAUUAUCAGGGAAUAACGAGAAAUGCGAUAAAGAAUGGGACGAGGGAAUUCUCAUUCUGCGUUUAUAUAAAUUUUUUACUAGCAUAUUAUCGUUAAUAGAGAUUGCCGAAACGAAAUGUUGAUUUAUAUCUAAAUUGCAAAGAGAUACCUUAUCGAAAUUUUAGAUAAUACGAGACUAUUUGGCCAAAUGCUUACAACGAUAACUACGAUUGUUUUUCGUAGAAACAUAUGAUAAGAUGGCAUAUCAUAAGCACAGAGUGAUUUCAUACAUUAUCGUUCGAUUUAUCAUUUCGAUUUAUCGUUAUCGUUCGACUUAUCAUUUCAAUGAGGAACAAACAUUACCAAAAAUAAGAAAAAUCUUUCGUUAAAAUCUAGAAUCGAAUUAUACGUAUGAAAUAACAAUUAUGCGAUUGCAUGAUACGCGCGCUCUCUUGAUACAUUUCAUAUCUACAAGCCUAAAUAUUAAAACUAGUUCAAAUUCACGUGAUAACUUGACUAAUAGUUGCAUGAUUAGCGUAUUAAGCAUGAGUUAUACAAGAGUUGUUUAUAGACUGUUUUAUGCUUGAGUAGAGCUUACGUAAGUUCGAAAGUUCACAGUUUGAUCGGCCAUAUCUGCUAUUCGAUACGAGGUUUAAUUCGACUAUUAUCACGCCGAAUCCGUCUCGUAUGAUAGACAAUAUAAAUGACAGCAUGCGAAUAGUAUGGCUACUUUUACAUUUAGGCCAUUACACUUUAGAUGAGACGAACGAAACAGUUACUUGAGAUACAAGAUAAUCAAAUAAGCAUUUUGAGGAAAUUUUAUAUUUUAAAUAGUAUAUAAUAGGAGAAAGAGAUAAAAUUCCAACUAUAUAUAUAUAUAUAUACACAUAUAUGCAGGAUAUGCUUAAUAUGCUGCAUUCUAUUCUUAAAUCUGAAUAUUUGAUUAUAUUCCACAAUGCGACUGUAGCGUACAAUCUUAACAGUCCCUGCAACAUUUUGUAGAAGAGCUUAUGCUCUUUUUGAAAUCUUGAACCAUUCCCCAUAUUUCCCUAGUUUUAAGAGAAUCAUUUUUUAUAGAGUAAAACACCAAGACUUGACUAUUCUAAUUUUUUAUAGAUCAAAAAAAUCAAGACUUGACUAUUCUAGUUUAAUUUAACGACUUUCAAUAGUUCAAUAUCUUGUAUUUAGAUGCCAACAUCUUUUCUAUAAUUGUUCACAUUUGAAUAUAAAUUCUUGCUUUCUUUGUGCAACUUUCUUCUUAAUAUUCCUGUGCAAAUCUUAUUCGACUUGUAUUACAAAUUUUUCUUAUAUGUCCGUUGCUGCAUAAAAAAUUUCACGAUGAAGCAGCUUUAAUGAUAUGUUAUCUAAGGUUGUUAUUUUGUUUACCAUGGAAAUUAAUAUUAUUCCAACUUUUCUAAUGCAAUUUUAACAAUCUUCCUCUUCUCCACCUCUCUCUUUCACAAUUUACAAUCGAGCACCACUUUUAUUAUCUAAUAAAAUAGUGCAAUUAUCUUAAAAUAAAGUUGAGAAGAAAAUAACUAGCUUCUAAUUAACAGUUAAAACGAUGAACGCUUAUGCCUAUGCCACAAAUUACUCCACGUAAUUUUACCGAAUUGUUCAUUUUGUAACGCUAAAAAAAUAAUAUAUUAGGAAUAUAGUUACAAAAUUUCACUAAAAUCUUUUGCAAAUAGAAAGUCAUCUAUGAAUAUUAGUGAUAAAUAGUACAACAUGUUUCAUUAUUAAAUUAAAAAUUAUUAAAAAUAAUAGUUUUAUAUAUGAAAAUCAAGACUGUAGUUAACAAUAGCAAAAUAUAGAACGUAAUUUUAACGACAGUUAAACAUUUCUAAUAUAAAGCAUGUUGAAAGAAUGUGUAAUAUAUUUUUGUAUACACAAUUCACGUUGUUUGUUAUAUAAUUUAUGGUAUAUCGUUAACAUUUUCUUGCAUUAGCGUUAAUUAUCUUUAAAUUAAAUUGGCUGUUUCUAAUUAUUCAUUAAUUUUUUAUAGUAUACUUUGAUUAUGUUAGCUGAUAACAUUUCGGUUGCACAAAUCUGUAUUUACAAUUCUACUUAAUUGUCAUGCACAAAGUUAUAAGUAAUAAUUAUUACCUCAUAAUAUUUGGUACGUAAAAUACCACGGCUUCAAAAGAUCAUCAUAAGUUGCAUCUUUUAUCAUAUUCCUUCGUUUUGCAUGUUAUUUUUUUGCCUGUAUGAAAGUAUCUUUAUGUGUUCUGUGAUUUUUUUUUUUGAACAAAGGUAAUGGUAAAUCACAAUGGUUGAUAUGAGUAAUAUUGUAUUGUAUAAGUAAUAGUAAAGCGGAAAAUAUAUAUAACGGGCUGUUAACAGGGUUUAUUUUAUUGUUAGGAGUAAAACGAAGUUGAGAGUGAAAAUAUAAUGAAGUUUCCCCAUUGCCUCAAUAAGCGAAUUUUAUUUAACGAGCCUAGCCGUUUUGAGAAAGCUUUUCGCAUUACGCGCGCAUAGAUAAUUGUUCAAUAAAACUUCGUUUUACGCCAAAAAAAAAAAAACCGGCCAAAGGGAAAAGAUCCAUCCAUCGCGUGACACAUAUGUAACUGUAGACACCGAUAAUUCCUUUCCGUUGGCCUGCAUAACUCGCGCAGGCCGAUACUUGAGCGAUACCGCGUAUCGCGGAUUUUAAUUCGAGGGAUUUAACGUUCGAUAAGCUAAGAGUAUCUAUAAUACAUGAUAUAUUGUUUCCUCGUGAGUUUAUUUAUACACAGGCGUAUGUUCCUGCUUGCGUUUAAGUUGCUGAUAUACAUAUAUUGUGAAAUUGUUAUCUGGCACUUGUUGUUACAUGAUUAAGAGAAUAAUGUAUGAAGGAAGAAAUAAAGAAUUGACGAUACUGA